AUGUGGGCAGACUACCGCAAUCAAAAGUCUAAACACGUAUACGAUGUACGUACAUUAAACAAUAAGCUACAACAGACGGGCGUUAGCAUGUCAAAUGUUCGAAAUGACCUCGACACCUUUGAGGAACCUUCAGAAGCCAUGUUUGAAAUAACGUAUGAAUACGCAAAUAUUGAUUUGCGGUUCAUUCAAUGUUCUGAAUGGGCGGAUUGA